AUGCAGCAAGUUUUGUGAUGAAACACAAAAAAAAAAUUGUAAACAAACGAAAAAAAAAUUGAUUAAAAUCUUUUUUGGAUGAUGAAUUUUUUCUCAAUGAUUUGAAGUUUUCAUUCUCAAUGAUCUCAGCUGUUUGAUUUGUUUUUUUUUGUUUUUGUUAAAUUCAAAAUGUCAAAUCAAAGAUGUAACAAUAGUAAUCAUAACAAUGAUUCGAAUCAAGCUACUAAUUAUCAUCGGCCAUCAAUAAAUCAUAUUUGUACAAAUAUUCGUAAUAAUAAUGAUCAUCAUGGAUCUAGAAAACGUCGUUUUGGUUUUAAUUCAUCAUCAUCAUCAAUGGAAUAUCAUCAAUCAUCAUCAUGUUUACAACAUGGUAAAAAACGACGAAAAGCUAAUAAUAAUAUCGAUUCAUUUGUACCAGCGUCACAUUUAUUAUUAGGUGGUGUAAAUUUUAAUGAUCCAUUAAAUCUAAAAAGUAUUAAAACAAAUGAUGAUGAUCGUAAUGAUAAUGACGAUGGUGAAAAUGAUGAUAAUGAUAAUGGUGAUGGUGAUGGUCAAGGUACAACAAUCAGCAGUAACAGUAUAAAUAUCGAACGAUCAUCACCAUCAGAUCAAUCUAGAUCAAAAGAAAUGAUUAAUGUUUUAAUUCCAACAAAUUUACAGGAUCCAUUAAAUUUAACACAUGGAUCGGAUCAAUUGAAAGAAUCUAAUGAUUCAAACAACAGAAUUACGAAUGAUAAUAAAAGUGGUAAAUCAUAUUUUGUUCAUCAUCAUCAACAUCAUUAUCAUAAUCAUCGCUUUAAACGACAACGUACAUCAUCUGAAAGUGAAAUUCAUCGUCAAAUGUCGUUGCCUUCAAUGUCAACAACAACAACAAACGCAUCGACGACAAACUCAAUGAUUAAAGAUGAUUCCUGUCUAAAUCAUCAUUGUUAUCAUAAUAUUCAAUCUUUAUCAACGACCGAAACAUCGAUGGUUCAUCCAUCAUCAUCAUCUUCAUCUUCAGCGACAGCAACAUCGAUGUCAUCAACAUCAAAAUCAAUUCGUCCACCAUCAACAUUACAACGAUCUAUGUCAUUAUCAUGUUCAUCGAAAAAUUGUUGUACAAAAAAUCAGAUUUGUGAUAAACAAAAUUUUCAAAAUCAUCGAUCAAAAUCAUUGAAUCAAAAUCAAAAUCAACAUUCAAAACAACAAAAAGAACGUUUUCAAUAUGGAAAUUAUAAUCGUUAUUAUGGUUAUCGUUCGAUGAAUAAUGAUGAUAAUAAAGAUCCACGUUUAGAUUUAUUUCGUUUGGAAUGGUUUUCCGGAAAAGAUGUUCUCGAUAUUGGCUGUAAUAUUGGUCAAAUAACAAUGAAAAUUGCAAAAGAAUUUCAACCAAGAAAAAUUAUCGGUAUCGAUAUUGAUCAAUCAUUAAUACAGAUUGCAAGAAAAAAUUUACGACAAAUUGUUACGAAAAAUAUGAUUAAUAUGGAAAAAUUUCCAUUAUCGUUGCCGAUUUUAUAUGGUCAAUUGGAUUCAUUAUUUGAUGUUGAUGUUGCUGAUAAUAAUGAUGGUGGUGAUGAUAAAAAUUGUAAGGAAUAUCCAAAUAAUAUAAAUUUUGUACAUAUAAAUUAUGUUCCAUCAAUGGAUGAUCAGUUAAAAUAUCAAAAAUCACAAUAUGAUUGUAUACUAUGUUUAAGUGUUACAAAAUGGAUUCAUCUGAAUUGGGGUGAUGCUGGUUUACGACGAACAUUUCGAAGAAUAUUUUUACAAUUACGUCCCGGUGGUUCAUUAAUAUUGGAACCACAACCAUGGUCUUCAUAUAAAAAAUCUAAAAUGACUCCAAAAUUAAUGGAAAAUUUUCGUUCAAUACGUUUUAAACCGGAACAUUUUCAUGAAUAUCUACUCAAAGAUGUUGGUUUUAAAAGCUGUGAAUUAUUAGGAACACCUUUACAUAAUCAAAAAGGUUUCCAAAGGCCAAUUUAUUUAUAUACGAAAAAAAAUUUAACGUAAAAAAACGAGUUUU